UGACUAACAAAUUGUAAAUUGCAAUUACGCGGUAUCUCUCCGUCAAUUUGUGGAUAUCAUCAUAUCACUUCUUUCGCCGCCGGCGAAAAUUCCCUAACCGACCGGCGACUUGCCGAUCGAAUUACUCCUUCAUUAACAGUUAACUAGACGGUACACUUUCCUUUAUGAUCCUCGUACAGUAAAGAUAGAUAGAUUGCUGCUGCUCAGAUCUGUGUUGAUCUUCGUUUUUAAGCUAGAUAGAACUAGCAUUUCUUUAAUUGGAAAAUUUCUGAUGUUUUUUCAACUAUUCUAAGUUCGAAAUUCUGGUAAAUUCUUUAUUUUGGGUUUAGGGUUAGGGUUCAUUCGUUUUACAGAUGUUUAACAAGAUCAUCAAACGUGGGCAACGUAAAGUUACUAAAUCAGAUGGAAACGAAUUGGGUUAUGCACCGCCAGCUAGCGGGAAUUCUGGGUCAAUUUCGACUUCGACUGUUGUCCUAAACCCUGCCUCUGUAGCUGCUGCAGUUCCUAUGGCUUCCAUAGAGACCCUCCCCAUGUUUAAGGACGUUCCAACCUCUGAGCGUCAGAACUUGUUUUUCAAGAAAUUGCAAAUAUGUUGUUUUAAAUUUGAUUUCAGGGAUGCAUCAAAGAUGAUUAAAGAGAAGGAAAUCAAAACACAGACUUUUGUAGAACUUAUUGAUUUUAUGCAGUCGGGUUCUGGUAAAAUUACAGAAAGUAACCAAGAAGAAAUGGUUAAGAUGAUUUCUCUUAAUAUAUUCAGAUGCUUUCCACCUUCUCCAAAUGGAAAUACAGGUUCAGAAAAUAUGGAUCCAGAAGAAGACGAACCGUAUCUUGAUCCCUCGUGGCAGCAUUUGCAUCUGGUGUAUGAGUUACUGCUGAGAUACGUCCUCUCGUCCGACACAGAUGCGAAAAUUGCUAAGCGAUACAUCAAUCAUUCGUUCGUUUUGAAACUACUUGAUUUGUUUGAUUCUGAAGAUCCUAGAGAAAGGGAAUAUUUGAAAACCAUCCUUCAUCGGAUUUAUGGGAAGUUUAUGGUGCAUCGCCCGUUUAUUAGAAAAUCCAUCAAUAAUAUAUUCUAUCGCUUCAUAUAUGAGACUGAAAGGUAUAAUGGCAUCGCUGAGUUUUUGGAGAUUCUUGGCAGCAUAAUUAACGGGUUUGCCUUGCCAAUGAAAGAAGAGCAUAAAUUGUUCCUUGUUCGAGCACUCAUUCCACUUCAUAAGCCAAAGUCAGUUGCUUUGUAUCAUCAACAACUCUCAUACUGCAUUAUUCAGUUUGUUGAGAAGGAUUGCAAGCUAGCUGACACUGUUAUUAGGGGUUUGUUGAAAUAUUGGCCUGUCACUAAUUGCCCCAAAGAAGUCCUUUUUCUUGGAGAACUAGAGGAAGUAUUGGAGGCUACACAAUCAGCCGAAUUCCAACGCUGCAUGGUUCCACUUUCCAGACAGAUUGCCCGCUGUCUAAAUAGCUCUCAUUUCCAGGUUGCUGAACGGGCUCUCCUUAUAUGGAACAAUGAGCAUAUAAUUAGUUUGAUGGCACAAAACAGAAGUGUGGUUUUUCCUAUCAUUUUCGAGGCAAUGGAGAAGAAUUUGAAAUCACACUGGAAUCAGGCAGUCCAUGGACUGACUGCUAAUGUUCGAAAAAUGUUGUCAGAAUUGGACAUUGAGUUGUUUGAAGAGUGUCAGAGACAAUAUGAAGAAAAGGAGGCCAAAGCAAAGGAAUUGGAAGAGCGACGCCAACUCACUUGGCAGAGAUUGGCUGCAGCCGGUUCCAGAGUAGGAGGGUAAAUGACACUCAGAAACAUUCUUUACCUUUCUUGUAUUGUAUUUAAAUUGUAUUAUUUUGUAAUAUGGUGCAGAUUAAGUAUUAUUUAUGAUUGUAUUAUAACUUGUACCAUAACCCUUUUGACAUUGGAGAUAUGUUUAUGUUACUUUGUCGGAUUAGAUA